GUCCUCCGCGUCCUCCGUUACACCGCCACUCACCGCGACAUCUUCUCCUGCCUCAAGUUCUUCGACUGGGCCGGCCGCCAACCGAACUUCCACCAUACGCGCGCCACCUUCGUUGCCAUCUUCAACAUCCUCGUGCGCGCCGACCACAAACCCAUUGUCCUCGAAUUCCUCGAUGGCUUCCGCCGCGGCGUCUUCCUCCACAACGUCCGUUUCCACGACAUCCUUGUCGUGGGCUAUGCUAUCGCCAGGAAGCCUCAAAACGCGCUCCAUGCGUACGCCCAAAUGCGCUUCAUCGGCUUGGACCUCGACUCCUUCUCUUAUCACGUCCUUUUAGACUCCCUCGUUGAGAAAAACUACCUCAACGCUUUUGACAUCAUUCUGAGGCAAAUUCGUGCCAGGGGUUUUGAGAAUCACGCUACCAAUAUCAUUGUUGUUAAGCAUUUGUGCAAAGAGAGAAGGUUGGAGGAGACUGAGGGUUUUCUCAACGAUUUGGUGCGUCGUGGGGAGGGGUUAAAAGGGCCUGAAGUGAGUUUUUUGGUUGGCGCUCUGUGUGAGUGUUUUAGGUUUGAGCGUGCGGUUGAGUUGGUUAAGCGAUUCGGGAGCUCGGGGUUGGUUCCAUUGGAUCAUGCUUAUGGGGCUUGGGUAAAGGGUCUUGUUCGAGGUGGUAGGGUGAAUGAAGCAUUGGAGUUUUUCUCUCAGAAGAAGGAUUCUGAAGGGUAUUGUAUGUCCUCUUCUAGGUAUAAUGUUUUGAUUUAUAGGCUUUUGCGGGAGAAUCGGCUUCAACAGGUGUAUGAUUUGUUGGUGGAUAUGAAUGAAAGUUGCAUUCCCCCUGACGUGGCUACCAUGAAUGCUGUUCUGUGCUUUUUUUGCAAAGUGGGGAUGGCUGAUGUUGCGUGGGAGUUGUACAGUUCUCGGUCUGAGUUUGGUCUGUCUCUCAAUCACUUGGCAUGCAAGUAUUUGAUACUUACUUUGUGUUGGGAUGGAGGUGUUGUGGAGGCGUACAACGUUGUCAAAAGCUUGGUUGGCAAGAGUUAUUUUCCUGAUGAGCAGACAUUUCGCACGCUUGCGAGUGCAUUGUGUAGGGAGUGCAAGAUUGAUGAGAUGAUAGAGUUGAUGCAUCUUUCUGUC